AUGAGGCGGUCCAGAGUCACUGGUCAAUCUAAAUCCAACGAUACAGAUUUUGGCUGGUACUUCGCUGGCGAGCCAAUGGAGAAGAGACGCUCUCGAGGCGGCCGAAUCAGGCUAGUUCGCUACGGACCUGAGAGGGAGAUUUGUGCCCACAGUCGAUGCCCGUCGCCAUCUCCCAGUCCAGAAAAGGCACCUUGCUCCUGCAGCAAUAGAUGCGAGGCUCACCCUCACGGGACACGCUCCCCAUCCCCCAGCAACACCGACUCAUCUCUUUAUGAGAUCAUACAAUGUUGCGGAGGAUGCCAUGCUAUCAGACGCGAGCGCGAGUUCUCUCCGCAGGUGGAGAAAGUAAUUUGCACCUGCAAGUAUCGGUGUGAAUGUCAUUCGCACGAAUCACGUCCUAUUACGCCCAGCAGCAGUGAACAUUCGAGCUCUGAAUCAACCACAAAACGCUACGGUAGCCGUCACUCAAUGAGACGCGAGCGUCGCUCCAACAAUACACGUCCUACCACGCCAAACAGCAGUGAUUUUUCAGACUACGAUCCUCCCAGAAGACGCCGCAGCGGUCGCCGCAUCCCCCAGCGCGAACCAGAGCAUCAUCCUCAGGUGGAGAAAUGCCAAUGCGAGGUCCACGCAUCCCCUCUCACUACACCUGUCAUAGCAGAUCAGAGGUACAACUCCCCGCGUGCGUCAUUCACGACAGCACCACGCCCCAGCCCAGUAGUCCACUACUACCAUUGUCCCAAGGCGUCUUAUUGCGAAAGUCACCCGGAAAAUUGCCGAGCUUCGAUACCUGCACCGUCUCCGGUGCCGAGACUGACGCGAACUCCGACACGCUCCCCCGGUCGAGUGACAAGUCCCGUUACAGCUCGCAGGAAAAAUCAGAGCCAAAAUGCACUUGCAGAAGGUCUGCUUCUCCUCCAAAGCAAGUGCCUCCCCCAAAGCCCAGCGCCGUCCCCGAAGAUUACAUCACCCAGGCCUGAUGUUCAGCAUUGUACCUGUUUCUACAUGGAUGGGUACCAUGCUGAUGAUUCUGGCUAUUAUGACGACACUGCUUCUGAGACCUCUAUUCAAGCCAUGCAUGACCAUGAUAGGGAUGUGGACGAGUCGUUUUGUGUUUACCAUCACCGCUGUCGUCCGAGAUUCGAGUGUGGUCUCGGCUGGGUGUGCGGGAGGAAAUAA